AUGACAGAAUCAUACGGUCUCGAUGAACCUCGCACCCCUGGGUUGCGGCCCACAGAGAUUGAUUACUUACCAAAGGUGUCACCGCCUCCAUUCGAUACCGGGGAUCAAUCACCCAAGGGCGGUCUACCCAAGCACGAUGCAGAGGCACAGUUUCCGAGCAGUUCGCGUAAGCUGCCGGAAUUCCAAAAGCCCGAUUCAACUGAGGGCAACUCGGUGCUGAUCAGACAUCUAGAGCCUAACCGACCUGACAUAGCCUGGUUCGAAACUGAACAUCCGCUUCAACGCAGCACUAUAGCGGACGACUUUCCGGUUCUUCCUAAGAUCAUAUUCGGCCCAGAGAAAUCCUCCGUGGAGACCAAGGAGCCUGUAGACGUGGUCGCGAGAAAAGCUCUCAAUUUGAUCAGUCCGAGCGAGCCCAAGGAAGGAGGCCCAUCCGUAGCCCCGAAGGAUCUUCCAGUCGCUUACAAGGAACCACCACGCCGACCGUCUAUCCCAGUGGAAGAACCUGCGCUCAAAGAAGAACAGCAGCAGCAGCACACGCCGCCUAACAUCCCCCAUUUCUCUCAUCUGUUUCAAGAUGGGAAAUUACCUGAUCCUGAAACACGCCUGGGCAAGUUGCUGAUAGCACCAUCGGAGCCAGCAGCUCAGCUCCCCGCCCUCCACCCAUCAACAACGGCGAGCGCCGUGAACCAUAAUCUGCCCUCUCUUUCAACGGCAUUGGCUGGUGUUACCGAUGUACCACCACCUGCUAGUGCCGGACGCUUGAAUGGCUCGUCUUUCGGCCCUUUGCCUCCAGUCUCAGCUUCUUCCCCCCCGGUGUCAAGGACAGAUCCUGUCUGGGAGCACCAACGCUUAGGCCAAAUUCCGCCUCCUCCGCCACAAGUCCCGCCCAGCCCCUACUCGCACUUGUCACCGGCAAGCUCGAAGGAUAUGUCGGCUAUGUCGUCGCCCGCAUCCCAGCAGGCUUACUGGCGGCCGCCUAUCAAGGCGGACAUAACGUAUCUCACUUCAACGUAUGAGACUGCACCGCAGACAGCCAAGAGCCCCGCAACAAGCUAUCCCACCCCGACAGAUCAGACUCCAGCAUCCACCUGUGAUCGGUCAUACAAUCCCCCCACGCAUCCGAACGGAGCGGUCUCCACAGGCACGUACAAAUGCCGUCACCCGGGCUGCACUGCAGCCCCGUUCCAAACACAAUACCUGUUGAAGUAA